ACAAACCCAGCUCUGCUGCAAAUUGGAAAUUAAUGCUCUCUCCACAUCAGGCGUUCGCUGUGAAUGGCAACGCAGUAUUAUUUGUGCAACUGGUAUUUGUCUAAACUAUAAGUGAAGGAACUGGACCGUUCUCUGGAGUGUUUACCUCAGCCUUGAUCUUGCCGAUUUUAGUGGGGCGAGGGCGGGGGGGGGAAAUUGGUGUUUGUUUUCUGCAGCUCUUGGCAGUAAUCCUGCCCUCGACCCGACCACACUCUUAUUCAGUGAGUGCGGAAAGAUCCCUUCAUGCGGAUAACGAAGAUGCUGUGGGGAGCAGUCUUCAUCGUGGGCUUGGCUCUGUGCAGUGGACUACCGGUCAACAGCGGACUCCGCAACAUCACCGGCAAAAAUGCUAAACCGAUGCCAGUUGUUGGGGAAGAAGCGAAGAGUGACGCUGAAGCCAGGACAACUGAAUCCCAGAAACAGGACAGCAACCUAUCAGAGUUGCUAGGGGACUAUGAUAAAGUGAAAGCCGUCUCUGAGGGUUCGGAUUGCCGCUGCAAGUGUGUGCUUACACCCCUGGGCCGGGACGCUUGCCACCGGAUUCAGGAGGGCACCGCCAGGCCGGACGACUCGUACACGGUGGAAACUAUCAGCUCGGGACCACUCUGUAAAUGUACCUGCCUCGCCCCACCCUCGGCUCUCGACUCCUGCCCUGGCCAAAUCAGAUUGCAGAAGUUCCAGGAAGCGGAAGGCAACAGUUUCAAGCUCUCCUCUGUGAUGGAAUUGUUGGAAGGUGCCAUCUUUGGAUUAGACCUCAUAAAGUUACAUUCCAUUACAACCAAGCUUAUCAAGCGCAUUGAAAAAUUGGAAGAGGUAUAUCCUAUGAAAACCUCCACGGAAGAUGUGCCAAUCACUGGUUAUGUCAAUGAGGUUCAGAAUAAGAUGGAGAAGAAGGAAAAUUGCACUACCCCUCACAGAUACACAAAGGAAGAAAUGAUCGACAUGAGCACAAACUUCCUGCAGAGAGAUGCUGCAGCCACCUACACACAGUCUGAGGAGAGGCACAUCCGAUUGUUAGCUGAAAUGUAUGACAAAGAGCUUAGCCAGAAAAGACAAAAUAAUAAAGACACCAUAUCACCCGCAUUAUCGCGCACAGAGAAGAAGCGGUUUGAGAGGAAACAGAAGCAGAAGCAGUCCCAAGGGCCAACUAUUUUACGAACAACAUACUACAAGGCAAAGCCUUCAGAGGAAGCUGGAGAUGAAGAGAUGGCAGAGGAUGAGCAAGCCAGCUCUGCGAGUGGUGAAGAUGCAACUCUACUAUUUUUGGACGAUCAACUCAUUAAGCACAUGGAACAAGUGAUUAACAUUUCUCAGGCACCAAAUCCUGCAGUGGAACCAGUCACAAAGAUCAAUCCAGAGGCAGCAACAACAUCAAGACAACAGAUGAAUUUCUCUGCUGCUGCUAGCCCUAUCCCUAUCAUUGCUUUUGCAGGUCCUAGUGAUAUCACUAGCAGUACUAACAUGACCAACUCUUCUGCAACCAUCCUAAGCAGACACACUGCAACACCCAACCAAUCCAAUACCACUAGCCCUACAAGUGCAACCAACACCAUUACUUCUGACACAUUUACCACCAAAACUCUUGCUUCUGGUCUCUCUAUACCUUCCACAGCAAUCACACCUUCCAACAACAUUCCAAAUUCCAUCACGACAAAUGCAAGCCAUACCUCAACUGCACAACCUUCUGCCAACACCACAGUGUCCCUUCAACCACCCAGCUCUGCUCCUGUGUCUAGUGCAGACAUCUCCACAAUUCCCAGCAGCGAGGUUCCUAUUGCCAUUCCCAUCAUUUCCAUUGUUGAUCCUUCGAGUACUGCAGCCCCCAUCAGCACUGCAACCACAACCUCGAGCUCCGCACCUACUUCAGCCAUCACAACUGUUGCUGCUGCCCUCAUUACUACAGCAGUCACUACAAGCACUGCACCUCCAGCUACAACUGUGAGCACCACAGUCCACUCUACUACGGGCACCACAGCCCCCAUCACUACAAGCACCACAGUCCCAAUCACUACGAGCACCACAGCCCCAACCACUACGAGCACCACAGCCUCCACAACCAUGAGCACCACAGUCCCAACCACCACAGUCCCCACCACCACAAGCACCACAGUCCCCACUACCACGGUCCCCACCACAAGCACCACAGUCCCCACUACCACAGUCCCCACCACUACGAGCACCACAGCCCCCACCACCAUGAGCACCACAGUCCGUACUACCACAACAGCCACUAUACCCACCACUGAGCCUCUGACUACUGCGGUCACCACCACAACCAAUGUACCCACAACCACCAAACCCACAACAACCACUGUGCUUACCACAACCACCAUACCCACCACAUCUCCAACCACUACGAUUGUUAGCACAACCACCACUCAAAGGGCAACCACAACAACGACUACACGUUCUCCAAAAUCUAGAAUAACUUCUUUUGCCAGAAGGAGGUCGCAGGUAGAGGUGACACGGAGGCAGCGUGUGAGCCACAAGCCAAAUAAUAGCUACAAAAGUUUUGCAGAGUGUAAGGAAACCUUAUCAACUAUUUCUGGACCGAAGACAAAACACAUUUAUGGGAGAAAAGAAGGUGCUUGGAUGAAAGAUCCAAUAGCAAAGGGAGUUAAAAUCUACAUCACCAACUACUAUUAUGGCAAUACGCUGGUGGAGUUCCGCAACAUGGAAUAUUUCAAACAAGGUCGCUGGAGUAACUCUUACAAACUUCCAUACAAUUGGAUUGGCACAGGCCAUGUGGUGUAUGGUGGGGCUUUCUACUACAAUAGAGCUUUCACUCGCAAUAUUAUCAAAUAUGACCUGAAGCAAAGGUAUGUGGCUGCCUGGACCCUGCUUCAUGAUGCAGUGUAUGAUGAGGCCACACCCUGGAGGUGGAGGGGUCACUCCGACAUAGACUUUGCCAUUGAUGAGAAUGGUUUAUGGGUGAUAUACCCAGCCAUUGAUGAUGUGGGGUCCUUGCAAGAAGUCAUUAUCAUCAGUAGGCUCAACACUGUUGACCUAUCCAUCCAGAAAGAGACGACCUGGAGGACCGGCUUGAGGAAGAACUAUUACGGCAACUGCUUUAUUGUCUGUGGUGUGCUAUAUGCAGUGGACAGCUACAACAACAAGCAUGCUAACAUUUCAUAUGCUUUUGACACCCAUACAAACACACAAAUCAAUCCAAGGCUGCCAUUUACCAAUGAGUACUCGUAUACUACCCAGAUUGACUACAACCCCAAAGAGCGUAUCCUGUAUGCAUGGGACAAUGGCCAUCAAGUCACAUAUGGUAUCACAUUCGCCUAUUAGGAUGGAAAACACAGACGUUAACAAAGUGCUUCUAGCACUGGUCUUUGUAAAAAAAAUUAUAAAGAGGGGAAAUGAUGUUCUUAUAUUCAUUCACAGAUUGUAGAUCGAUCUGUUUUGUGUUAAUAUAACCAUGGUAACCUGCUUUAAAAGAGACAGAGAGAAAAACAAAUGCACACUAAAGGCCCCUAUUGAUCUGCGCUUUAUACAAUAGUUGCAUACCUUGCAUAUCAAGACGUAGAGGAUUAAAAUGCCUGCCAAACUUCGCUGCUGAGUUACAAAUGGCUCAUACUUCCUGCUCAAGCAUGACAUGCCUGUUGACCGAUAAAGCUGCAUGUUUCAUUUCAUAUUGGUUAUUUUGUGGAGAAGAAUCCAGCCUCUCAGCUCUGUCCCUGCACUAUGAACUGACCAUCAUUGCUACUGUCUGGAAUAAAUCAGACAGACAAUACAAUUCAAGAGGAUUAAGUUUAAGUUCUAAACAAUGAAACUAUUGAUUUAUGCAUCCUAACUGAUGACUUUGACAUAUGGCAUUAUAACAGUUCAGUAUUUCAUCAUGUUCUAAAGCACAAAUAGUUGAUUUAUAUUUGUAACAAUUCAGUAUUGUGGAUUAACUCCUUGAUGACCGAGAGGUAUGAAUUAUUGAAUGAUGUACUGCACCUUAGUUUAUAGAUUAGAGAUGGUUGCUCCCUGUGCUGUUUAUUAUUGAGAUAUUAGUGGUUAUGUGCUUGAGAAUUUACAGAUAUGUUCCUGAUAUUUAGUUUUUACUAAUAAAUAGGAUUGAAAUCUUGAAGUUAGCUUCUGUGGAACGCUGGGGUGGAGAAGAUCAGAGUUUUGGAUAUAGAGUAGAAAGCAGAAACUGCGUAUUGAUAUGGAGUCUGAAACCGACAGCAUAUAAUGUAACAUUGUGUGCACUGUGAUUGGUGCCCUCUAUUCACCAAUGAUUCAGUUUUAAAUCAGAAUUGCAAUAUACCUAUCAGACAAGGAAGUGCUCUUCGCCACAGUCAGCAUGGGUUUUGCUAUUUUUGUUGAAAAAUUAAGACACUGAAAAUGUUUACUUUGUGCAGAACAUUUGCACAUCGUUACAGCCAAUUGGAAUUGUCAGGUUGAAAUCAGAUCCUGUAGUUAAAAGAACAAAGCAGCAGGCAGUUUUCCACACUCUCCAUCCGCAUCAAUAUGAAGUUACACAGCUUUCCAGUAACACGUGCAUGCACCCUUGUCAGCUACAUCGUUGAUUUUAUAAGCAUGUAAGUUCCAGCUGCCUUUGGCAAGGAAUGUGUUAAUAUAAAUUAACUCUCGCCACUGAAUGGGACCAAAUAGGUAAACUGAAACCUCUGACACAUAGGCUGAGCAGCUGAUGAAUGAAUUCUAAAAUCUUCACGAUAACUGAGGUCACAUAUAUUUUGUCUUGUGCUGCCCCCACAUGCCAUCUGAUAACCAGGAAUACUUCUGGCAGCUGGACCUGAAAGGGGAUAUGGUGGGCAGAUGACAAAAUGAGCUGCUCUUGUAAUUUUAUAGUCACAGAGGAAAUAUUUUGAAGAGCACAUGGUUUGGAAACAUAGUUUUUUUGUUACUGGAUUAGAAAUCCAGAAGCCCUAGACUAAUGAUUUAGAGAAACAAGUUCAAAUCCCAUCAUGCCAUCUAACUUAGAUUAUUUAAAUCCGUAUUCAAAAGAUAAUAUAUGGACACUGUUACUCAUACUAUCAGAUUGUUGCAAGAAUCCAUUUGAUUCACUAAUUUUCUUCAGGGAAGGAGAUCUGCUCCCAUUAUCUAUUUUGGCCCUUAUAAGUCUUUGGACUGUUUAUUCACUUUGAACAGUCCUCUGAAAUGUCAAGAACGACCAACUUCUCAUGAACAAUUAGGGAUAAACAGUUAACACAAGCAUUACUGGCAACAAUGUACAAUUUAUUUUUAAAAAAGUGAAAAUAUACAUUUAAAUAACUUCACAAAGGCCAGUAUCCCAUCAUCAAAUCAGCCUUUAUUUACACGUAUGUUGUACAUGACACUGAUCCAGGUAGUUCAGAGACAGUUCCUACAAUGAGCAGAAUGCUUCACACUCCUGUUUUAUUUUCACAAUGAAUGAACAACGAGUGCAUAAAAUUUUAUUACGUUCCACCACAGCCAGGACUUCCUGAUUUGACCAGGGUAACAGCCCAAUUAGGGAACUUAUACUGUGAGGUCCACCUGGCUGACCUCCUUCCAAUCACUAUAUCCCUCCCCUUCUUAGUCCUGGGACAUAAGCCCAUUCUUUCUCCUGCAGCUUCUCCUGGGGUGCUUUUCCAACUCUGCUUCAGACACUGGUGGUGUGUAUCAGACCAUAGCCGGCCUCUUGUACCCAAAGUGUCUCAGCCAAAAUUAAUCAUUAGGCGGUUAUGAUGUUGGAGCUAUGACACCUGCCAUUUUCAUCUCAUCCUCAGACUUUUCUUUGAUGUUAGGAGGAGAUGGAGAACCUAUGGGUUCUGACAGCCUUGCCAGAUGUUCUGAGGGGCUGGAUAUGUUUUGCUCCUGCCCCAUUUGCGAUGUUGUAGCUUUCAUGUGGUAUGUGUGUGUGUGUGUUCAGGACAGCCUCACCAGCAAACUUUGUAUAUCACAGGACCUGACUUCACAUCGACCAUGCCUCUUCCCUUGCAAGGCCAUUCCACUUUGACACCAAACUUCAUCCCCUGAGUUAAACUGUUUCUCUCGCUCAGAGGAGCCUUACAUCUGACUCCAGUGUUACUGAUGUCAUUUCAUUCUUCACUUCCCCAGGCCUGGGAUGAUCAGAUUUAAUCUGGUGCGGUGUCUUCUCCGCGUUAGCAACUCAGCUGGAGCUAUCCCUGUAGUUGCAUGAGGGAUGAUCUGAUAAUCAAAUAGGAAUCAGGACAGUUUGGUAUUGAAUGAUUGGUACAUUGUUCAGUCAACUGUUUCUUUAAGCCUGCCUUCAAAGUUUGGACUGCUCUUUUUGCCAGAUUAUUGGAUAAUGGAUGGUAUGGAGCUAUCUUUACAUUCCUUAAAGCCAUUCGCCUUCAGGGAAUACUCAAAUUCACUGCCGAUAAAUGAUGUCUGUGACUAACAUUGUCUGUGACCAACAACUCCGGAAGCUUGUGUAUUGCAAAAGACACUCCCAACUCUUCAAUUAUGGUUCCUGUGUUGGACGAAUGAACUCUACUCACACCCAAUUACUUUGAAUAGGCAUCCACAAUGACUAAAAAACAUAGAACCCAUGAAAGUAUAUGCAUAGUCAACAUACAACCAAGUCCAAGGUUUACUUACCCAUUCCCACGAAUGUGGGGAGCUGCUGAUAGUAAUUUUUGUCCUUAUUGGCCUCUAGGCAUUGCCCUACCAAUGCAGCUAUGUUGGCAUCCAAUCCUGGCCACCAAACAUAACCUCUUGCCAACAUCUUCAUUUUGGAAACCCCUGAAUGACCUUGAUGCAGUUCAGCAAGUACCUGGCAGCAUCCUUUACUCGGGACAAUCACUUUUGCUCCCCGUAAUAAUAUGUUGCCCUCUAUGGUGAUAUGAUCUUGCUGUAUCCAGAAAGGUUUCAAUUCUGGUUGUGAUGGCCCAUUUGUUUCCCCUAACACCACUAUUUGCUUUAGUUUUGCCAGGAUGGGAUUGUUUUGUGUCCAUAGCUGAUAUGGUCAGCUGUGACCAUAAGGGUGUCCAGAAUGGACUCUUCUAGUGAUGGCACCACCGGUGGUGUAUCUGCCAGUCGGAGGUAGCUCAAGGUAUCCGCAUUUGUCACUUGGCCUCCCGAACAAUUUUCCGACUUGUAAUUGCACACAUUCAGAAUAAACACCCACCGUUGAAUUGUACCCGUAGCAAUGGACAUGGGCAUGUCCUCUUAAAGUAGCCCUUGCAGGGGUCUGUGGUCCAUUACUAUUACAAAUGUAUGUCAGUAAAGAUAUUGGUGGAACGUUCUCACAACAAAGAUGACCACCAAGCUUGCCUUCUUUAUCUGGGCACACCUUCAUUUGGCAUCAGCCAAAGACCUGGAAGCAUACGCUAGCGAGUGUUCCUUUCUGUUGGGCCAUCUGUGAUCUAACGCUACCCAGAUACUGUACGGGAAGGCAUUGGAUGUCAGCACACAUCUUACUUGGGAUCAUAGUAUGCCAAAACCUUAGAUGAUGAUAGCUGCCUCUUCACUUUGCUAAAGGCUACAUCUUGGCAACAAGAUGAUAUCCAAGGCUAAUCCUUUUUCAAUAGCAGAUGUGAGGGUGCUAGAUUGGAGGCCUGGUUAUGGAUGAAUUUUCUGUAAUAAUUCACUAAUCCAAGGAUAGACCUUAAGCUCUGGUACAGACAUGGGAGCUGUGAGAUACAGUGAUCACCUUCACUGUAUCUUCCAAUGUGUGUAACCUGCUCUUGUCAUCUCAGUAGUUCAAGUAGGUUACUUGGGGUGCGUUGGACACACAUUUUUCCCUCCUAAGGCGUCCACCCAUCUUGGAGAAAAUUCCAGUUAUUAGUGCAUCAUCCAGAUAAAUGGAGGCCUGGUAAAACCACAGCUCCUAUUGGAGGAACAACACCUUAUCUGCCACCUGGGAAAGCUACAACCCGGAGGACUCAACAUUGAGUUCUACAAUUUUAAAUAAUCUCCUCCCUAUCCCCUGACUCCUUUCCCAGCCCCUCCCCCUCCCUUCCAUUGCUCCCUGCCACCAACCAGACUCAUUUCUCCCACUGACCAACCGGGUCGUACCCUCUACCUGUCUUCAAUUAUCCGCACUUCACCACCUUCCCCCCACCACCCCUUUAUCUGCAGCUCCCCCCAACACCCACCCCCAGUUCUGAAAAAGGGUUACACCUGAAACGUCAAUUUCUGCACCUCGGGAUGCUGCCUGGUUUGCUGUGUUCUUCCAGCUUCCUGCCUGUCGACUGAUGAUGAGGCAGUCUCAUAUAUUGGUACAAACCAUUAAUUGUAGCUGGGAAUCCUCAUCUAAUCAGGUACACAUGGCUCAUAUCCAGCUUCAUGAAGGACAGCCCCCUGCCUGUUUGGCGUAAAAUCCUUAUGCAAGGGAUUGGAUAUUUAACCAGCUGUGAAAAUUUGCUUACUGUUUUGUUACAGUCGCCACAAAGGUGAACCGACUGAUCAGACUUCACAAUUAGUAUUACUGGUACUGCUCAUUCUGCAAACUGUACUGGUUUGAUGAUUUCCUCACUUGCCAGCCUCCUGAUUUCUGCCUUUACUUUCGCACGUAAAGCAAAUGGCACUGGGCAGGCCUUGUAGAAUCAUGGAAUUACUUCUUGGUCAACAUGUAAGAUGGCCUUGGCUCCUUUGAUAGUCCCUAGACGUCCCUGCAAAACUCCUGGGUAUUUAUUUCGGACUUCACUCAGGCAGGCAUUUUCUAAUCAAAAAAUGUUCAGCCAAUCAAGUUGAAUCAUUCUCAACCAAUUUUGCCGCAUCAAACUUGGGCCUGAGCCUUUUACCACAAUCAGUGGUAACUGAACCAGCUGCUUCUCAUAAGAGACUAGAAUCAAACUUGUACCCUUAACCUGUAGGGGUCCCCUGGUAUAGCUUGGCAGCCUGGCCAAGAUCUUACGCAAAUUUGAGGAUUCAGAGUCCAGAAUUUUGAAAAAGACUGGUUCUGCAAUCUCUGAUACAGCUGCACCAAUAUCGGCUUCCAUCAAAACUGAGCUGUUUAACCAGACGUUUAUUUUGAUUGGUUCUGAUUUCGAUGUUGCUAGGCAAUCUAACUGUUCCAAACCCGGAGGCAGGCAGACUUUACAGGGUGUGCACUCUCCUGGAUAUUGGCCUAUGAGUUCCCUUACUCAGUUCAGGCCUAGAGGGAUUAUUUUGCUGUCUUGAGUCCAUAUAUUGGCAUCAACUACAAUGGCUUGCUGGCCUGGAUCCUGGAGAGCAUUUUAACUGUCUGGCUAAGGCUUGGCUUCGUUUGGAGUUUUUAUAUGUAGCGUCCUUUUGUUUAGAUAUAUCCUGAGUAAGGCUAUGUAAUCGCUUUCACUCAAGUGGUGUUCCUCAAGCUCAGUUGGCCUGGCAAGGGUGUCCACUUCUGCCGAAAUACCAUGUAACUCUUAAGCUCCACUUACCAUAUUUCUUUUAAUGGUACAGCCAGUUGUAGUGCCUGUUUGGAGUGCAGUUGGGCUUUAGCAUGAUUACAUCAUUAAUCUCACUUACCAAAUGGUAUCUCAGCAUCUCACUUAGGGUUAAACCAAAAUCACAUGCCUCUGCCAAUCACCUUAACCUCGUGGAAAACCCCAAUACAUAUUCCCCUGGUUCUCGAUUAAAACUGAUAGCGUUUCAGAGUUACAGAAGUUGUAAUAUUUCCUAGCUAAAUCUGUCAACUCUUGGCAUAGUAUCUGAUGCCUCAGGGCAAGUUAGGGUUCCAAUAAUUGAAAAAAGCUGCUAGUCCACAAGGUGUUUCGAAAAUUAAUUGUUGCUUUUCGUCUUCCCCAAAGUCAUUUGAUUGGAAAAAAUAACGCAUUCUUUCCACAUACUGGGCCCAGUCUUUGAUGGCAACAUCAAAUCAGUCAAGCUUCCCAAACAGUGGAAUGAUUCCAGAAAUGCUGACCCCACCUGAAAGAUGGCUGUUAUAAGCGAAUCACUUCAGGGCAUAUGUUUCUCUUGUUGCUACUGAAGUAACUUCACAAAGGCUUGGUGUGGAGGAAUCGGUGCUGCACUGGGGUGGACAAAGUUAAAAAUCACACAGCAUCAGAUUAUAGUCCAACAGGUUUACUUGGAAGCACUAGCCUUCGGAGCGCUGC